ACGCUCGUCGUCGCGCCGACGUCCGUGCUCAGCAACUGGUCGGAGCAGGCGAAGGCGCACGCGCCGGGGCUCAAGGUCCUCGUCUACCACGGCGGCGACCGCGGCGCGCUCGACGCGGCGGCCUACGACGUCGUCGUCACGUCCUACGGCGUGCUCGUCGCCGAGGCGCCCGACGACGCGUCGGGGAAGCGCAAGCUCUCCGGUCUGUACACGGCCUCCUGGCGCCGCGUCGUCCUGGACGAGGCGCACACGAUCCGGAACCCGCGGACGAAGACGGCCAAGGCCGUCGCGCGCCUCGACCGCGUCCACUCCUGGUGCGUGACGGGCACGCCCAUGAUCAACAAGGUCGAGGACUUCCAGGCCGUCUUCUCCUUCGUGCGCUGCGCGCCGGUCGACGAUCCCGCGGUCUUC